CGCGUUUUCAAAUUAAAUGCUUUUCUCUCUUCACAUUAAUUAGAGAUUUUGGAUCUGAUGUAUUUUUUUUAACUUACUAGUUAAAAAGUUAUUACUACUUAAAGUUGUAUCAGAAUAAAACGUCACUUCGAAUUUUUUCUUAUUUGUACUGUACACCAAUAUUUUGCCGCCAUUUUAUUUUAUUUUUUGCAGUCAGAGCCUCGCAAGUAUUCCGUUAUAACAUAUCAGGCACAGGCAACCGGUGGAUACAGUUUAACGUUUAAGGCCAGUCCUUGAAAUGACUACUAAAAAGAAACGCUCUGUGCACAACAACAAAGACAGCUGGGUUGUCAUUGCUCCAGAUUCAGCACUGGACACAGGCAGGUCUGAAGAGGGUGAUCCGUCCUUCAUCAAACUAAAGAGUCCUGCUACAGGAAGUUCUUCACUGUACCUGUUUGGCUGUGGCGAUGUUUCUGUUUAUGAAGUAAAAGCCUUUUCUGAAGACUUUCGGUCUUGGUUUAUUGGACACACAGUGCAAAGAGAUGGAAGACUACUGUAUGUGACUCCCAUUGAUCCUUUAUUUCUGCUGUUGCCAUACAUUAGCAGUACCACCACCGAGGGAAAGUUCCAGCCGGUGCAGCAGAUGGUGAUGGAUGAGGAUUACCCUGGAUGCACAAGACUUCUGCUUUGCAAACAUGGAUUGGAUUCCCUUCAUCAUGUAGCUGAUGAGAAAGAGGUAGGUGGAUUAAAGUUUCACAGAUAUAACCAGGAGAAGACCUUGGAGUGGCUCAAGAAAAAGGUCCAACGCACAGUAAGCACACUCAAAAAGAGCAACAUAUCUGUGGGUGGAGGAGUGAAAUCCAGCACGUUUGUCAGAGUGAAGCAGGAAGAUGCUACUGAAGAAGACUACUUACGUUACGCACAUGGUCUCAUAUCAGAGUACAUCAGUGAAGACCUGAGCAAAGACCUCCUCAAGCAUCUGCAGUUGCCAGAGAUAUCCAGCCCUAAAGAAACAGAGCCGCCUUUUAAGAAACGGAAACUGUCAGAUAAACCGGUAGAGGCCGGGGAAGACUACACCAAGUUCAACAGUGCUGAUUUUACACGAAAACCACCAAAGAAGAUGACUGCAGCUCAGAAGAGUCUGGCCAAAGUAGACAAAUCUGGGAUGAAGUGCUUGUCGGCAUUCUUCAGCCCCAAAGUCAAACAAGAGAAGAACUGACUCAGUGAGUGAGUGAGUGUUUGUGCGAGUGUCAAACAUUUUGCUAAUAAAGGUAUUAGAAAAUAAA